AUGAAGGAUAUAAAUUUAAACAAACGCAUCCAUGUGUUGGACCACGAAUCCAACGUAAUGACCGUCAUAAAAGAUAUUGCAAUGAGCGGUUUACAAGAAGAAGCUUUUUACGUGCUGGAUAUAGGAGAUAUUGUACGAAAACAUCAAAUUUGGAAAGAAAAAUUGCCACGAGUUGAGCCCUAUUACGCUGUGAAAUGUAAUGACAAUUUAAUCGUAAUCGAAGUAUUAGCAGCUCUUGGUAUCGGUUUUGAUUGUGCUUCCAAGGGCGAAAUAAAUAAAGUUUUAAGUGUUGGGGUGGAUUCUUCGAGAAUUAUUUUUGCUAAUCCGGCCAAACCAGCUUCACAUAUUCGUCAUGCUGCUGCAAUGAGGGUGGAAACCAUGACAAUAGACAAUGAAAGCGAACUGCACAAAAUCAAGAAACUCUUUCCAAUGGCAAAGAUCGUUUUGCGAAUUCGUUGUGAUGCGGAGGUAGCUCAAUGUCCGCUUGGCAUGAAAUUUGGUUGCGAUCCCAUAAACGAGGCUCCUAAUCUUUUACGUCUUGCACGUGCGCUGGGUCUCAAUGUAAUAGGUAUCAGCUUCCAUGUUGGAUCAGGAUGUCAAGAUCCACCGGUCUAUCAUCGUGCUAUCCGCCAUUCCAAAAUAUUAUUUGAUAUAGCUACCGAUCUCGGCUUUAAACCUUACCUACUAGAUAUUGGCGGGGGUUAUCCAGGUAACAAAGACACAAGCAUUGACAAAAUGGCAGACACUAUCAACAAAGCGCUUGAUGAAUAUUUCAAUACUGAUGCUGUUCACGUGAUCGCUGAACCGGGCCGUUUCUACGUAGCAUCUGCAUUCACACUAGCAACAAGCAUCCACAGUAAACGUUCUGUACGCGGAGAUGAGAGUUCUUCUGGCGCUAUUACGCACAAUAUGUAUUACAUCAAUGAUGGUGUUUACGGAUCGUUUAAUUGUCUAUUGUAUGAUCACCAACAUGUAACUCCUCUUCCUCUUAAAGAUGGCUGUGGAAAGUUGAUUCCAUCGAGCAUCUGGGGUCCAACGUGUGAUGGAUUGGACAAAGUCGUCGAGAAUAUCUUAUUGUAUGACAUGGAACUUGGCGAUUGGAUCCUUUUCGAAAACAUGGGUGCCUACACAUUGCCUGUUGCUUCACCAUUCAACGGAUUCCCGGUGCCUAAAGUGCACGUUGUUGCCGAUGAAAGCAUUUGGCUUUUACUGAAGGAUGUUUUGCCAUUAACUGAAGAUCAUUUUGUCAUUGGCAAUACCCCAGCUAACUUGCGACUUGGUUUGGAUAUUGCAGGGAACGAUAUCGAUCCAUGGAUGGACGCUGAUCGACAAAUAAACUUAGCACCGGCUGAAAUAUUAGCAGACGCUCCUAAUACAAAGUCAUCUUUUAUGUUCGAAUAUGUUGAGGUGGAUCCUUUGAAUUAACCUUGUCUCACAUCAAUGAUUGGUUUCUCACAAAUAAUUUGGGAGAUAUUUGCAUUUUCCAAAGUUGACGCGCAUUUUUGCAACUUUCACUAUAUCAAUCCUUAUUUAUCUUUUUCUCGUUUUUUUCAAUUUGAUAAUUAAAUGAUAAGUAUGCAAAGGCUCAAAUAGUGAAAUUUUAUAGAGAAUAUCUGAAUUAAGGUGUCGCAACACAGAUAGAACUCGUUAAAUUGAAUACAAAGAUUUACCAUUCUUGUAAAUAGCAAUUAUUGAUAUUAAUUACAGAAAUUUAGACAAAUAAACAUUAUGCGGUAGGACGAGCUCUGUAGGUAAUCUGAAAAGACAUACUUGGGUUUGUUGACUGUCUCCUGAGCAGUGAUGGGUAUCUGAUUACUGCGAAAUGAAAAAUAACUUUGUGAGCAGCAAAACGCUUGCUCUAUUGGACCGUCUAUUUUGCCAUUGCUAGAAGGUCAGGAAACAUAUUUAAGACAUGUUUUUUUCAAACUGCCUUACAGAAUUUGUUCCACAGUAUCAUACACAUUAAUUGAUAUCUCAACAUUCUUUAAUAUCUAAAAAUUAUCGUAGUUUGCAAAAUGAUAGGCUUUUCUGUUCAGUUCGAUGAGUUUUUUCUGAAUAUAAGUGUUGCACAUAAGUCUAAAUAUCUUGUAUCUUGUUCCUUCUACGAAUUUUCUUUUUCUUAUUUCUCUCGAAAAUAUUGUCUAGACGAAGAGCAUAUCUAGAUAUGUUGAUUUUUAAUCUUGACGUACAUUUUUUAUGUAAACUGUUUCAUAUGAAUAAUGUUUGAAAAUUUUUUCACUUAUUUCUAUUGAAAAUAACUUUAGAGUAAUAAUUGUGUAAAAUGCAAAUUUUAAGUAGAUUAUUAAGAGUGGUCCCUUUCCGACAUUACUAACGAAGAAAUUACUUCUUGCAUUAUUAAUAUUCGUGAUUGUCGAUAUUUCUGCCAUUGCAUGAUACACAGAGAUAUCACGAUAGAUAUUUAAUCGCAUAUUUCUCUGUGCAUACAUUAUGUGUUAUAGGGCGUACUAUAGCUUCCACAUUUAUAGAUGUAGAAAUCGAGAUUUCAGAGAGAGGAACUAUUUGCUAAUUUUUCUUAGAAAAUUUUUUACAAUUUGCACAUUUAAUGUAGAACAAGAACUAUAAUCCAUUUUAGUAUAAAUUAUACACAUAUAAAAUAUAUAAACGUAAUCUAAUUGGAAAAUUUUGUUACUCUCUCUUUCUCUCUCGGUAUCUUACAGAAGAAACAUAUUGGCCAUAAGUAGUAACAAUUUAUAAACCUGCUUUUAUUUAGUCUCAUAUUCCAAACAAAUACAAGAUAAGGAAAUAAUUUCUUAAGUUUUGGGCAUUACUCGAGGCAAGUUAAUCUUCUUCUAUGAUUAAUAUUUUACGAUAUAAACAAAAAACAAAAGACUUCGUUAAAAUAUUAAGAUGACACGUACAACAUAUGUACUAUAUAUUAUAAGGAACAAAUGUAU